CACUGGGGACAGCUGGGAGCAGACAGGAGCCCACAGCAUCCGCUGAGGCCCAGCCCUGGGCCGCCCCCAGGACUCCAGGCCUGGCAUGGUUCAGGAGCCCAUGGGAAACUGUGCCAAACGGCCUCGACAUCGGGGGCCUAAGGAGCGCUGGCAGUGGCCCAGCUCCCCCCCAGGGCGCUCCCACCACAGCCCCGGCCCCGGCCCCGGCCCCGGCCCCGGCCCUGAGGAGCAGGGGGACCCUGGGCCGGGCAUCCAGGGUUACUCGGUGCUCAGCAGCCUGGUGGGGCCCGCCUGCAUCUUCCUGCGGCCCAGCAUCGCGGCCACCCAGCUCGACCGGGAGCUGCGGCCAGAGGAGAUCGAAGAGCUGCAGAUCGCCUUCCAGGAGUUUGACCGAGACCGUGACGGCUACAUCGGCUACCGGGAGCUGGGCGCCUGCAUGCGGACCCUGGGCUACAUGCCCACUGAGAUGGAACUCAUCGAGAUUUCACAGCAAAUCAGUGGCGGGAAGGUGGACUUCGAAGACUUCGUUGAGCUGAUGGGCCCCAAGCUGCUGGCAGAGACUGCAGACAUGAUCGGCGUCAGGGAGCUUCGAGAUGCCUUUCGGGAGUUCGACACCAACGGGGAUGGCCGCAUCAGCUUGGGUGAGCUGCGGGCAGCCCUCAAGGCCCUGCUGGGGGAGCGCCUCAGCCAGCGGGAGGUGGACGAGGUCCUCCACGACAUUGACCUCAACGGGGACGGCCUGGUGGACUUUGAAGAGUUUGUGCGAAUGAUGUCUCGCUGAGUCUGCACCGAAGCUGGAGGCAGGAGACGGGACUUGGGACCACAGCCACUGCCUGCCAGCGUGUGCCCGGAAACCCUCUGCUUCCAGCUGACCCUCCCCCACCCCCCGACCGCCUCCCUACCCUGCCUGUGGGCAACACCCUGUCCCGCCCUCACCCUCACCCCUGCUUCCCCACCAAGCCCCACUGCCCGUCCCUGUCUCUCUGAGAGUAAAGUGUCUUGGAGCCUGA